AGCAUUUUUUAUCUUUCAGUAGUUAUGGACGCUCUUAGUACCAACUUGGGAAUAGUAGAAGAAAGUAGCCUUGAGAGAUGGUCCAAUACAGAUGUCCCGGGUUACAGCAUCUCUGGCGAUGAAAGAGAAUCCAAAUUCCCUUGCAGACGGGACCUCAACAAGAAACUUGUUCUGUGGGACGGAGACAUUUGCGAUUUGGACUCCAUGGCUAUCAUACACCCAACCAAUGAAUCGCUAACAGAACCUUGCCCACUCACCAACAAGAUCUUCUCAAGGGCUGGAAAUGACCUUGUGCAAGAAAUCCAGACAUCGUUUAGAAUUUGUAGGACUGGUGAUGCCAAGCUUACCAAAGGCUACCAUUUGCCCUGUAGGUUUAUCAUACACACAGUCGGACCACGUUACAACAUCCGCUACAGGACAGCUGCAGAGAGCGCCCUCUAUAACUGCUAUAGAAAUGCUCUGCUUCUUGCAAAGGAGCAGAAGAUUACAUCACUGGCUUUUUGUGCAAUUCACACCGUAAGACGGAAUUACCCCCCUGAGGACGGGACACACAUAGCUCUCAGAACAAUUAGAAGAUUCCUAGAAAAGCAUGGAGAUUCUUUUGAAACCAUCGUGCUGACAAUGAUGGGUGUUGAUGAGCAACUAUACAGCGAGUUGCUGCCACUUUACUUUCCACGAACAGAGCUUGAGGAGCAGUGGGCUAUCGAUCUUGUCCCAGAGAAUGUCGGCAACGAGGAUGGAGAGCCAGUUAUUGCAGAGAGAAAAAUACGCAUCAUGGGCGGUCCUACGAGAAAAGAAUCUGAGGAGGCAGCCUAUGAAGAAGCCCUCGCGGAGGAGCUGAAGGGGAGCAGGAUCUCCAACGGAGCUCCAUAUGACGUGGAGCCGGAGCUGGAAAAGGAGCUGGAGAUUGGGAAGCACGCGUUCACAGCCAUGGAGAAAAACCCAGACUCUGUGAAGAGGCAGAACCAGAGGGCAAAGAGGUCGGUUAUCCCUGCAGAAGCAGAACAGAAGCACAGAUACGAGAGGUUAUUAAGGAAAGCCAGGCAGGAAGAUUUGUCAGACAUCGCGGCUCAUCGGUGUAUCUAUGCUACAGGACAUGACAUCCAUGGCCGUCCAAUCAUUGCAUUUGUGGCAAGAAAUUUCCCUGCACAUUCUAUUGACUUGAACAAGGUACUUCUAUACGUCAUCCACCUCCUGGACUCCGUGGUCAACCAGGACUACGUCGUCGUCUACUUCCACACAAUGAGCUCUGCUGACAACCAGCCAGAGCUGAGCUGGUUGAAGGAUGUCUAUCAUAUGGUGGAUAAUAGGUAUAGGAAGAACCUCAGAGCCAUGUAUAUUGUCCAUCCAACUUUUUGGUCCAAGUUAGUGACCUGGUAUUUCACGACGUUCACGGCAUCUAGCAUAAAAAGCAAAGUUCACUCCAUAGGAGCCGUCCAUUACCUCUACAAAACCAUACACCCAGACCAAUUAGACAUCCCUCCAUUUGUAAUUGAACACGAUAUGAAGGUGAAUGGCCCGAACUACAGAGAUAUGGACGAAACAGAUGCAAGCGGUAGUCUCUGAUUGGACAAAGAAAAAACAAAACUCAAAGAGAAAUCAGUACUGUUCCACUUUAGUGCCCUGAUGAGGGUGCAUUUAGAUUCACUUGUGUUUUAAAUAAGUGAAUUGACUGAAUUAAGGUAUUUCCAUGUAUAUUUGAAUGUGGUGAAGUUACUUAAUAAGGGUUUGACCACAGUGAUCCACCCAUGCAGGUGAAAUGAAGUGACUUGACAAGGGUCUGUUCACUCAUGUUCCCAUCUUUGUCCCGUAACACAAAGGUUAGCGAUUGAUUGUGCGCUUGAUUUUCACGAUUGAUUGUAUAUUGUAGUCAUUGGAAUCAAUUGCAGAAAAAUGUUCUAUGAUCAUUGCUUUCUUAGACCAUUGUUUUUUGUUACAGGCCCCUGGUUUUUUGUGACUUGACCUUAGUCUGUCAGUCAAAUUUUGUAUCAGUCUGGUCACGUGACCUACAGAGGGUCUGGUAAAGCUUGUUCCGACGAACUUGUGAAGUUUGUUGACAGGAGUCGAUUCAUAUCAUUAAGUUCCAAUGUGGAACUUCUUUCAACAUGUGUGCCAUGUAGAUGAAAGGACUUUACAAGGGUCUAUUCACAGAUACCCCAACCUAUCAACCAAGGUCUGUUCAUAUGAUUCCACAGUGGUGAAGUGGCUUUUUUGGAGCAGUUCACAUAUGGCAGAAAAGCAUGGUAGAUCACAACAGAUGGUUAUAAUGAAAACCAACUCUACACCCUCCCCCACUCUUAA